AUUAAACCUUUCUCACCAGGAUGGAUCAUGCGGUGCAUGCAGCCCGCGGCCGGCCGCGGAACAAGCUGCGCUUCGAAAACAACGAACUGGAAAGUCUGUACCAGCGAUACACGCUCAAGCUGCAGCGCUUCUCCGUCACCGGUGUGGUAGCGCUAGUGGUCAUACUAUGCGGCGUAAUGGGUGGCCUUAGUUUAGGCUACAAUCAAGCACCGACACUGCACAACGUAUUCAACACGUUCAUGUGUCUGCUGUUCACGGUGGUGCUGGGUUUGUUGCAGUUUCGACUGAUCCGCGAUUCACACCUGCCCUACCUGUGCUAUGGCAUCCUGUUCUUUACCGCGGCCUUCUGCUUCAUCUCGAUGCCGACGGUGGGCAUCGUGUUCCCGGUGGAUACGCGCGAGGUAAUGGCGGAAGGCGUUUGGCAGAUUGUGUUUGUGAUCUUCCUCUCGUACGCGAUGAUGCCGCUACAGAUCUGGGAGGCGGCACUGUUCGGUCUCAUACUGCCCUCGAUACAUGUCGGACUGACCGGGUAUAACAUCUACACGGGCAAUUUCCAAUAUCUCGCUUACCAGCAGUUGGCGGCCAAUAUGGUAAUCUUCGUGGGCGUCAACGUAGCCGGAUUCGUGGUGAACGUCAUGAUGGAGCGAGCCCAACGCCGUGCCUUCCUGGACACACGGAACUGUAUUGCCGCCCGGCUCGAGAUGGAGGAUGAAAAUGAGAAGCUCGAACGGUUGCUACUUUCCGUGCUGCCGCAGCACGUCGCGAUGGAGAUGAAAAACGAUAUACUCUCCCCAGUCGAGGGACAGUUUCACAAGAUCUACAUCCAAAAGCACGAAAACGUCAGCAUCCUGUUCGCGGAUAUCGUUGGCUUCACCGUGCUGGCAUCGCAGUGUAGCGCCCAGGAGUUGGUUCGUCUGCUGAACGAACUGUUUGGCCGUUUCGAUCAGCUAGCGCACGAUAAUCACUGUUUGCGCAUUAAGAUCCUUGGUGACUGUUAUUACUGCGUAUCGGGCAUACCAGAUCCACGGGCUGAUCAUGCACGUUGCGCGGUCGAGAUGGGGCUGGAUAUGAUCGAUGCGAUCGCAUCGGUAGUGGAACAGACGGACGUUAUUUUGAAUAUGCGCGUCGGUAUCCACUCGGGACGGGUGCUGUGUGGGGUGCUCGGUCUGCGCAAGUGGCAGUUUGACGUAUGGUCGAACGAUGUAACGCUGGCGAACCAUAUGGAGAGCGGUGGUGAGCCGGGUCGGGUUCACGUAACGCGCGCCACACUGGACGCGCUCGGUGGCGAGUACGAGGUGGAAGCGGGACACGGGGACACCCGGGACUCGUACCUACGGGACAAUGAGAUCGAUACGUACUUCAUCGUACCACCUGCCCAUCGACGGAAGCCACUAAUGCUCAACACACUAGGCGUCCGCUCUGCGCUGGGUGCCGCCAAUCGGCGCAAACUUUCCUUCCGUAACGUUUCAAACGUGGUGGUACAGUUACUGCACACGAUCAAAUACUCGGUGCCGGUUCCCUUUUCGCACAUGGCCACGGGUGGAGCCGGAUCACCAUACCCUAGUACCAGCGGUGGAGCAGGUAGCAGCAGUGGUGGUGGUGCUGGAUGUAGUGGUGCGGGCGGUGGUUCAAGCGGUGGCGGCGGUGGUCUUUUUCUGGACAAGAAUGCGCGCAAGAACAAGGUGACGGACAAGUUUAAGCGACCGUUUAAAAAGCGUCACUCGAGUGUGUACCAUCAGCCGACUAAUCGCGUCAACAAGUUCCUGUCCCAGGCGAUCGAGGCACGCAGCGUCGAUCGGGAAAAGUCGGUACACGUGAAGCGCAUUUCGUUGCAGUUCCGCGAAAAGGAGAAAGAGCGGCAGUAUCAUCAGGAUUUUGAUCUUGGCUUUACUACAGCGAUGGGUUGCAGUCUGCUACUGCUCAUACUAAGUGCCGGGCUGCAGAUAUCGGCACUACCGCGUACGCUUAUUCUGCUACUGUUGUUCCUAACGGCGUUCGUGUGGAUCAGCGCCAUCCUAAUGCUUCUGCUGGCAGUGCGGCUAAAGUGGAUCUUUUGGGAUCUAUCGCAAAGCUUCUCACUACGGUUAGCCAUCACUAUAUUCACCAUCGUGUUACUCUACUCCGUCGGUCAGGUGAACGUGUUCACCUGUCUGUCGGAUCAUCCAUGCACGACAAACUUCACCACGAAAAGCAUACCCAGCGUGGAAUCGCUUGGGCCGCCAGGAUCGAGUGAUAUUCUGAUGAGUGCCGGAGAGCUGCACCGGAACGAACCGAAUUUGUGGACCAACCAGCAACAGCCACUAAAUAACUACAGCCAUCGUAAAUGCGCUCUUCCACAGUACAUUGCCUUAUCGGCAGCGUAUUCCUUCCUGUCUGUAUCGAUCUUUUUGAGACUUCCUAUACUGAUCAAAACGGUCCUGGUAACGCUGAUGGGACUGGUGUACUGUCUGUUCAUCGAGCUCUCUCACGCCAACAUCUUCGACUGCUACGAUCAACGCGUCGAGUCGGCAAUCCCACUGCAUACGAUUUCGGUCGCCCGCAUCCUCAUCUUCAUGAUCGCCAUCUUGGCACACGGGCGGCAGGUCGAGUGGACAGCACGGUUGGAUUUCCUCUGGCAGCUGCAAGCGUCACAGGAGAAGAAAGAAAUGUCUGUACUGCAGCAAUCGAAUCGACGGAUCCUUUACAAUCUGCUUCCAUCACACGUAGCUGCACACUUUCUCGACAACCAGUUCGCCAGGAGCAACAUGGCAACCAUGCGACAGGAUUUGUAUCACCAGAGCUACAGCAAGGUUGGCGUCAUCUUCUGCAGCGUCCCAAACUUUCACGAGUUCUACACCGAGCUGGACGGGUCGAACCAGGGCGUCGAGUGUUUGCGGCUGCUCAACGAAAUCAUUGCCGACUUUGACGAGCUGCUCUGCGAGGAACGGUUCCAUGCGAUCGAUAAGAUUAAAACGGUCGGCAGCACGUACAUGGCAGCCGUUGGGCUGAUCCCGGAGCACAAAAUGCUCCCGACCGAGCCGGGCUCGAUGCGCCGCCUAAUGACGGCGUUGAUCGAUUUCGUGAAGGCGAUGCGGAUCACGCUCAAGAAUAUUAACGAAAACUCGUACAACAAUUUUAUGCUGCGAGUCGGAGUGAACGUUGGUCCGGUGGUGGCGGGUGUGAUUGGGGCCCGGAAGCCUCAGUACGAUAUCUGGGGCAACACGGUAAACGUGGCGUCGCGCAUGGAUUCGACCGGCAUUCCGGGGUAUACGCAGGUCACGCAGGAAGUUGUGGAUAGUUUGCAAGGGUCACACUUUGAGUUUCGCUGCCGGGGACAGAUAAAGGUGAAGGGCAAAGGUGAUAUGGUAACGUACUUCCUGUGCGAGCAGAACGAGCAGCAUCUGUUUGCGGCUGGGAUGGGAACGAAUGGUAUUGCUAGUGGUGCUACGAGUAUUGUGCCGCAGCAGCCUGUGGACGCUGUUGUUGGAUCGUCCGCCGUACUGGCAAUGGUUGGUGGUACGAGUAGCGGUACUGGUGAUACCGGUGGGAGUAUUGGUGGGGCUGGUAACGCUUCGCUAGGUCGUGAUCGAGCUGUUGGAGCAGCUGCACUGCAUCAUCAGUACAUAAUGGGUCCUAAUGGUCCGAACAUGCCUGGACUAGUUCAGCAGCAACAGCAACAACAGCAACAACAGCAAGGUCCAAACUAUCAAAUGAAGCAGCGCUUAGAACUUGAAGCAGCAACUGGCAAUAAUGGCCGUUGGCAACAUGAUGGUAGCUAUAGUAGCAAAAAGGAAAGCUACAACUUCCUUGAAAGUCCCAACCUGCUCCACCAACAGCAACAGCAGCAGCAACAGCAGCAACAACAACAACAGUUGAUGCAAAAUCAGCAAGUUCAAAUGAAACAUUUUCACAAUCAGGGACAGUCGUCCAAAAGCUCAAUGCAGUCGUUCCACUAUCCUCAAGCGUAUUCAAACCCAUCGCAGCCACUCCAGCAGCAAGCGAAAGGUGCCUAUAAGCAGCACAACAACAUCAACAACAACCACAUCAUGAGCAGUGGCUUUCAUGGUAUGGAGAAUUACGGUAAGCGUAACUAUGACUACCACCAUCACGCUCAGCCACAGCACAAGCAACAAGAACCGACAGUGACCGGUGGUGGACAUGGUGUUGUGCAAUUGCCUGCGGCUAGUUACAACAUUCGCGAGAACUUUAACAUAAUCGAAAAUCCCAACGUAACCGACCUGGACGAAAACAACUUUAACCACCACCAGCAGCAGCAGCAGCAGCAACUGUUACCAUUGGGGCGGGACCAUUUGAAUAAUGGGCACAAGAUAAGGAACCAUCAUCAUCAUCAUCACCAUCAUCAUGGGAGUCAACAGCAACAAGAACAUCACGUUCCAGCUGCUAGCCACAACCCGAACAAUCGUGGCGUGUAUGCGACAGCAUCCGAGAACGAGCCUCUGCUCGGUUCUGCGUCUGGUGGAGGAAACGCACUGAUUGGGAACGCUGUUAUCAAGCCUAUCCAACAGAUCCAGCAGCAACAGAUACCCAUGUACGAACCACCAAGAUAUGCUACCGCCUCGUCCGUGUUUCCGCAUGCGAUAUCCGGAGCUCAAGGAUAUGCGUACGGGUUGUCCCAGCCAGCUUUGGUGCGUCAUCAACAGUCUCAGCAACAACAUCAUCACGGUAAGCAGCAGUCCUACAACCAUCAGCCAAUGCAGCAGCAUCAGUACAGUCAUCACAACCACCAUCACCACAAUCAUCACCAUCAGCAGCAGCGUCAAUCCGCAUCCGUAUUGAAGCAGUACAUUAAACCACUACCGAAGCUACCGACGGAGUUUGACGAAUGCCGCGAACUGUCCUCAACGGACGAUCUCAGCUCACGCCCCCAUUCGCCCUCGGUUAGCUCUUCAGACGAGAGCUACUCAAAGACGACGGAAGGUGAAGACUUCGACGGUGAGGCCCACUCACCGCUACCGGUUGCUGCGUCCGUCUUCAAUGUCGGUGCAAACGUUGGUAACCCGCUUCAAUAUCUGUAUCCGUGCGACAUACAGGUCGAUCCAACGUCACCACCGAAGAUUAGUCCGAUCGAUUUUGGCAACAUGCACGAUUUCGAGGUAACGAGCACAACGGUCGAAACGAAAUCGUCGUCCGCCCACAACAAGGGUGAAUCGUGCAACAGCUUCGAGUAUCACGAGAAGGGACCAUCGUACCCGAAAUCACCGUUCGAGCGUGAGCUGCAGCGGCGCAUGAACGAGUCCCAGUCGCGGCCCAUGAUAGCGGCCCAGGUGUCCAUCGUUAGUGCCACAGGUGCUGCCGAUGGACCGAAUGGAGGUGAUGUAGGAGAAACGGGACGCGAAGAAGGUCAACCCACCGGUGGGAAAGGUGCUAAUGGGAAUAAUGGUUUUGAUCAGCAGCAGACUCACGACGAUUCGCUAGAACGAGCGCGAAAUGUGAACAAUAUACUGAUCGCCAAGCAUCCAGGCACGCUGGAAGCGAUCAAGGAGGCAACGCGCAACAAGAAUCCUUCCGAAUCGAGUCACUUACAAACUUCCGACACGGAGUCGUGCGAAAUUAUCCAUGAUUAUCGCAAAAGUGAUCUAAAGGGUCGAAUGCAACAGCAGCAUCCUUAUCAACAGCAACAAAUCAACCAAAUGCAACAGCAGCAGCACCAUCGGCAUCAAAAGUAUCAUGCGACAAAGUCUACGAAUGAAACGUCGUCGAAUAUAGAAGCGGAUGAGGAUAUGCAUAGUGGGAGCGUUGGCGACCAUCAUCAUUACCGUCGACGGGAGCGUGAGCUCGAUCUAACGGACGGGGAACAGCAGCGUGGUGGCACGCAAGACGACGAAGAGGAAGACGACGAUGAGGACGAUGUCGAUGAGGAAGAGGAGGAGGAGGAGCGAGAUGAUGACGAGGACGAUGACGACGAAGAUGACGAUGAGGACGAAGAUGAUCAAAAUGGUCAGCAACAGCAGCGUCGCUUACGUUCCUCAAACGGUCGCCAACAGCAACGCGCGGCACACGAACGCCGGGAGCGUUGUAUGAGCGUUUCGGAGGGUACGGGCUCGGCGAAUCGCAACUACAUUACCGACGAGCUCAAGUACGGUGCACAGGUGGAGCGUCAGGGUGGCAGUGGUGCGCGUGACAACAACAGCUCAUCCCACCACAACCACCAAUCGCUCGACUCCAAUCCGGUCGAAAGUCAGUCCGAGUGGAGCGACGAUGAAUGUCGGGAAGAAGCCACAGGUGGUGCUGAGAGUACCGGCUACAUUACCGAUGAGCCGGGCCUGGAAAACAUAUCCCUGCUGAACGAGGCCGGUCUAACGGAUGCGGAAGGCGCACUGUCGGACGUAAACUCGCUGUACAACGCACCGGACCCGGACGAUACGUCGAUUUCUUCCCGUGCGAGCAGCCGACUGCUCAGCCUCGAUUCGCUCAGCGGGCUGUACGAUUGUGAUCUAGACUCACGCCAUGAGAUGGCGAUCGUGAGCGCGUCGCACAAAAUUACCAACAAAUUUGGCCCGAUCGGAUGAGA